AUGGAACAAGAGCAGCCUAAAAAGGUUAUGACGGAGCAGGAAAGGUUGGAGCUGGCAGCCCAGCUAGAUGAAGACUUGGAUGCCUUUAUCAGUUCGCUUGAGAAGAAACGUUACACGGAAGGAUGGCCGGAAGAUCGUUGGGAAGAGGAGAUGGCGAAACAUCCAUUUUUUUUGCAAAAAUCUCCGGAACCAGGCGAAGAGCUUAGCCCACUAAUGGAAGGACUACAGCAGCUGAAAUAUGAUCCCCGGGAAAACACGGAACAGGAGCUGGCUGACACGUAUAAAGAGGACGGCAAGUUUUACAUGCAGCAUCGAAAAUUUCGAUUGGCCGUGCUGAGCUACACGGAAGCCUUGCGAUACAAGGUUGGAGACGCCUCCUACAAAGCAAUUUUGUAUAAUAACCGUAGUGCCGCCAAUUUCAUGCUGAAAAACUAUCGUUCCUCCUUGCAAGACGCUCAGAAAGCGGUAGAGUUGAAUCCCGACUACGAUAAGGCUCGAUGGCGGGCGGCGCAAUGUGCCUCAGCCCUGGAUCGGUUCGAGCUUUGUGCCGAGCUCUGCGAUGGGAUACUUCAAGCAGAUCCCAAAAAUAGCACCGCAAUAGACCUUCGAAAAAGUGCACUAGCACGCAAGGCUUCCCAUGAUCGUAAUGAGCGAAAGGAGGCUCGCGAAGAACAGGAAAAACUGCGCCGUUGGAAUCGCCUCCAAGAGGAAUUGCGCAAGCGUUCGGUGAAGUUCGAAGAACGAGAUGCACUUGAGGACGAGCGAAAACUAAGACCACGGUUGGCGCCGCUGGAGGAUUUCAUGGUGUCUUGCGAUGAAAAUGGGGUUUUAUAUUGGCCAGUGGUGUUUUGCUAUCCCGAAUUUCAUACGACAGAUUUUCAACAGCAACUUUCGGAAGACACAAAAAUGCAGGACGUGCUAGAGCAACUCUUUGAGGAACCGCUUGAGUGUGACAAACAAAGGCAUUACAGAUCCAACAAAGUGCACGUCUAUUACGAGAAUAGAAUCCUUGGUCUGCCAUAUUUGAUUGACAACAACAAAACGAUACGAGAGAUCGUAGCAGAAAGGACUUUCCUCGUAUUUCAAGGCACGUUAACCUUCUACAUCGUCGCGAAAGGGUCUAAGCAAGAAGAUUUGUUUGUCACGCAAAAUCGUAUACCGUUGAAAAUAAAAUAUUAAUAAAUAAUUCUGCCAAAGGGGAUGUUUUGUAUCUUGAUCCUCUUAGCGCAUGGAUCCGUACUUACAUUUCCGGUUUGGCCAUGUUACGUUGCUUCAUGGUGAUCGUUGAUGUGAUCCUGUAACGAUUAUUCA